UAAACUUCGGACUGCUUUACUGCAGUCUUUAAGAUCGCUGAAAAGGUAUACUUCAGGGGGAAAAGUGCCUGUUUUUCCAUCUCACAGAUAUGUUUCUUGCGUAGCCACUGACCACCAUGCAGUCGCUAAUUCCAUCGUUUAUUCUGCUGGCCGUUGGAAUUAAUGUCGUCUGUUCCGCAAAACCACCCAAUGUUGUUUUAAUCGUAGCAGACGAUCUGGGCUGGAACGAUGUCAGUUAUCAUGGUUACACCCAGAUUCCCACGCCUAACCUUGACCGCCUGGCGGCAACCGGCAUGGUGUUAAACAGCCACUAUUCCCAAUCGCUUUGCAGUCCAUCCAGGACAUCGUUGCUGACCGGAAAAUACCCCAUGCGAUUUGGUCUGCAGAGUGGAGUGUUAAGCCCGGGUAAUCGGCGGGGGAUACCGCUAAAGGAGAAACUGCUGCCGCAGUAUUUUAAAGAACUCGGAUAUGCGACGCACAUGAUCGGAAAGUGGCAUGUCGGCUACGCAGCUCCCGAACUGACACCCACACUUAGAGGGUUCGAUUCGUUUCUGGGAUAUUACAACGGAUACAUCGAUUACUUCACUCACAACAUGAACACGUCAGCCGAACCGUUCUCCAAUGGACACGAUCUAUGGAACGCUUUAACGCCCGCAACAAAUUACACGGGACAAUACCUAACGGAUAUAUUCACCGACAGAGCUUUACAGCGGAUUAACCAACACGACUUUGAAAAACCGCUGUUUGUUUACCUGGCACAUAUGGCGCCUCACUGGGCAAACGAGCAUGAUCCUGUGCAGAGCACCGACGAAUACACCAAACGAUUCCCACAUAUAGACCAUAAGGAAAAACGGAAAUACGCCGGGACGAUUGCCGCACUGGAUGAUUCCGUAAAAAAAAUCAUGGAUGCUCUGCACAAUCACCAAGUGGAGAACAACACCAUCGUGAUAUUCGUGGCAGAUAACGGCGGUACCGGUCAGGAACGCCGCCUACAGGGCGGCGCACAGUUCACCCACGGCAGUAAUUGGCCCUUGCGCGGUACGAAGAGCACGUGGUUUGAGGGCGGUGUCCGCACCGUUGGCAUCGUGUGGAGCCGGUUGCUUCAACAUCCGGGGACGGUGUGGAAUGGACUGAUGCAUCUGACGGAUUGGCUGCCGACGCUGAUGGCGGCCGCUGGUGGGAUGCCGGUACGGAAUGUCGACGGUGUGGAUCAGUGGAAAGCACUGGUGGAGGCAGCACCGUCGAUGCGAACGGAGUUGCUGAUUCAGGCGGAUGCGAUCCGGGAUGAUUAUGCGCUGCGGUGGUAUCAGUACAAGCUAUUGGUGAAACAGAAGCCGGGCGUUGGUUACAACGCGGAUCGAUGGUACGAACCGGUGGACGGCAUCAUUCCGGAAUACAUUAAUGGGUCGUCACCGGCGUCUGUGUACUGUGCUCCAGCGCACAGCACCGACAGACCGUGCAAUUUGGGAAUGAGUCCGUGCUUAUUCGAUCUAUAUGCGGAUCCCUGUGAGCGGGAUAACGUAGCGGCUGAUUAUCCAGACGUCGUCAAGCUCAUGCUGGAUAAACUGUGGGCCUACAACGCCACCGGACUACAUGUGCCUUCGCAGCCCGAAGACCCGAUGGGGCUUCCGUCGCUGCACGGAGGGCUUAUUAAACCGUGGUUGACUCUGAACGAUCUCCCUAAAACUUAAUUUUGCUUCCUUUAUGCGUUGUGUUCUUGUAGACUUCGUACGCUGUUUUUUGUAUUUCUUGCGAUGCUAGAGCGAAACGUCAGUGUGGUGCGGUGCGGUCACAGCUUCAGCAGGCAUACGUUUUUAUUCAUUAUUCAUUAAAAACAAUUCAUGAAUGCAAGAUAUCAGCA